AUACGGUGCCCGCUCAUGCUCGCCUGCAGUAUGUGUGUAUCUUAUGACAGUAAACAAAAACACAAAAACCAAGUUAAAUACUAUGGAGAAGUUAAACAGCUUCUUGGUUUGAACGCAGCCAGAGCUCAGGAGGUCCAAGCGGAGAAUGUGACAGUGGCAGAAGGUGGGCAGGCUGAGAUCAAUUGCAAACUGCACCAAUAUGAUGGUUCCAUUGUGGUGAUCCAGAAUCCAUCUCGCCAGACACUCUUCUUCAACGGUACACGAGCCUUGAAGGAUGAGCGUUUCCAGUUGGUGGAGUUCACCCAAAAGCAGGUCCGCAUUGUGCUCUCCAAUGCCCGUCUUGAAGAUGAAGGUGGCUACUUUUGCCAGCUAUACACAGAAGACACCCACCAUCAGAUUGCCAUCCUGACUGUGCUGGUGCCCCCUGACAGUCCCUUAGUCGAGGUGAAAGAACAGGCGGUGGAAGGAGGGGAAGUUGAACUCACCUGCAGCGUUCCCAGGUCACGCCCUGCUGCCACCCUGCGCUGGUACCGGGACCGAAAAGAGAUAAAAGGAAUAAGCAGCAAGCAAGAAAGUGGGAAAGUGUUCAGCAUUACCAGCAUGGUGCGCUUUCGGGUGGAUCGCAAGGACCACAGCAGCAUUGUGACAUGUGAAGCCAUCCACCCAGCGCUGCGUGGGCAGCGGAAGCAGACGCAGUACGUGCUAGAUGUACAGUACUCACCCACAGCAAGAAUCCACCCCCCCCAGGGAGUCAUGAGGGAAGGAGACACCCUAGUUUUGACUUGUGCUGUUAAUGGCAACCCACUACCCAGAGACAUCAAAUGGAGCCGAGCGAACGACACGUUGCCAGAACGGGCCUUGAUAGAGGGCGAAGUGCUGACCAUCCCCAGCCUCAGCAUGCUGGAUAACGGCACCUACUCAUGCCAGGUGGCCAAUAAACACGGUCGCUCUUCGGACCAGUACGUGCUCGUGGUUUAUGAUCCUGGGGCUAUUGUGGAGGCCCAGACAUCAGUGCCCUAUGCCAUUGUGGGGGGCAUUCUGGCUCUCCUUGUCUUUCUCGUCAUCUGUGUACUCAUAGUCAUGGUGUGGUGCUCCAUCCGGCAGAAAGGUUCCUACCUGACGCAUGAGGCCAGUGGGCUGGAUGAGCACGGAGAAGCCCGCGAGGCCUUUCUCAAUGGUGGAGAUGGCCAUAAACGCAAGGAGGAGUUUGUGGUGGUGACGUUCUACCAUCCUGCUCUGACCCCAGAGAUGAAAAUGGGAACGUCAGCGUAG